CAUUUCCUUGCUCGUUCGAUUAUUCGGUAUUGCAGUCAAAUUGUAUUUCUUCGACAUCCGAAAGCAACAGAAUUACUACCCUCGUCGGCUGGUCCUUGUUACGAUUGUCUCGCUAUCUUCUCCCAAUCUGGUUAUUGGAUUCGAAUCUGGUCUGAUUAAAGACAAAGAAAAAAGAAAAACAUCUCAUCCCCCUCCUUCUACACUAUACACACACAUUCACAAUGCGUUCAUCAACCUUCCUGGUAUCAUCGCUGGCCGUCUUUGGAGCUCACGCUGCUCCGGCCCUCCCCAAGCUUGAUCUCGACAGCAUAAAGAACCCGGCCGUUGCGUUGGACUCUCUAUCAAGCUACUUCAAUCUCCUUGCAUCAAAGGUUCAGCUCUCCAAGGUUCAAUCGGUAGCACCGGUAUGCGACCUGUCCAAGGCCCAGAUGCCCACGAUUGACGGACUGCUCCCUCCAUCAGCAGGCUUGACCGUCCACCACGUCGCCGUUGGUCGUGGCACUCAGAACUACACUUGCGAUGCCAGCAAUCCCGAUGCGGCUCCUGUUGCUGCCGGCGCCGUGGCCACUCUGUUCAACGUCAGCUGCAUUGCCUCCAUAAGCCAGGAUCUGCUCCAAAAGGUGCCCAACAUGGCCGUCAACUUCAACUACGACGCAGCCACCGCUGGCCCGCUCGGCCCAAUGACGCUGCCCAUCUCUGGCCACCACUUCUUCGUCGACAGCACAACGCCCUUCUUCAACCUGGACACUACCACUCUGGACCUUGGUACAGUGCCUUGCGCAAAGAACGGCAGCGCCCCUGCACCAGCCACUGGAGCUCCAGGACCAUCAGGCUCAACUGCGGUUCCCUGGUUGAAGCUUACAGCCAAGGAUGGCGCCACGGGCAGCAUCAAGGAGGUGUACCGUGUCAACACGGCUGGAGGCAACCCGCCGGCUACAUGCCAGGGCCAGCCAGCCAACAUUCAAGUGCAGUACUCAGCAGUAUACUGGUUCUGGGGAAGCAACUAAGAAACGAGCAGUGAGACGAUCGAGAAACGACGCGGCGAGUAGAGGGCGGUCAUCUUUUUGGAUGUUUGGGUUUCAAUACACU